AUGGAGACAGAAUAUUACUCUAUCUUAUGCUAUGAUGGCGUCGAACGAACAUUCAAGUGUCAGUUCACUCAGACACGUGAAGAGGAUAUGUAUAUACCUUUUGAAGUUGACUCAGAUAUUGCUGUUACAAGUGAAGGAACUGAAGAUAUAGAUAUUCUGGGUGACGAAUACACAGAAAAUCGAGAAGAGAACGAAAUUAUGGAUUUCGAUAAUAUGAGAAAAUCUGUAUCAUUUCGCAAAACUCCGGUCGAACUCAUUGCUCCGGCUAAAUAUGUGGACGAUGAAUAUGGAGUGGAAAGUGCACCAGAGUCAUCUUCUGAUAAGGAAGAAUAUCCUACUAAGGAAGAAUAUACAAAUCGUGAAUGGAUAAAUAAACCAAUAUCUAAUUGGAUUAAUUAUGCUUAUGUUAAUAUUCCUAAUAGUUUGGAUAAAGUUGAUAAUUUCAAAAGUGUAAAAAAUGAACAAAAUGUAAACAAUAAAUUUAAUUUUCCUUAUAUAUUACAAGUUGUAAAAGAUAUAUGUUGUAGAAAUAAUCAAGAACAGUUGAAAUUAUCUUCAUUGGCUCAAACAUACGCUAAACGAAUUGCGAUAGCAGAUGGUAGUAAAAAUUGUAAAUUUUGUGGCCGAAUUCUGUCGUCUACAUUGACAAAACCAUUUCAUUUAUCAAAUGAAGGAUAUUGUUGCGAUCGAUAUCAUCGUCUUUUUCGUUUGGCAGUUAGUUAUUCUGAAAUGUUAUACAAACGUUAUCGUCAGCAACGACGUGAUCAUAAUAGACAAAAAUUAAAUAAUCUAACAGAAGAUGCAUCAGAGAAUCAAGUCAAUGAAUCUGGCACAAAAAUUUCAGGAUCAGAAACAGAGUUAUUAAAUUCAAUCAGGUCAUUAGUUGAUACUACUGGAAAUACAAAUAACGACGAUAGUGAAGAGACCGAAUAUACAACUGAUAGAAUUGUUUAUCAAUUAUCAAAUCGUAAGUAUAUCGAACAAGGAUGGACUGCAGUGAAUCAUGUACAACAUAGUGACAAUGAUAAUAAUAAUGACGAAUUGUUAUUAGUUAAUGAAGGCAAAUCAAUGCAUAUCAACUCAGAUGACGUAAAACAUGAGUCGAUUGAAAUACAACUUGAUUUUAUACAACAUACAUAUUCGAAUGGUGAAGUAUUUUUACGAAAAUAUAACGACAAUACAGGAGUCAUAUUUUAUCCAACUGGUAAUCCAGCAAUCUUGUUUCUACCUAGCGAAAUGAGCACUAAUAAUAAUGAGCCAGUUGGUCUACUAUUCAUUGUACAUGAUCUACUACAUCUGAAUAUGACAAAAGUUCGAAAAGAAGAUAAAAAAAUAAAUCAUAAACAAAAGUCUAAUUCUUUUAAAGUGUUAAAUAAUAAUACCAGUAAAAUGAAUAAAUUGAUCAAUGUCGAUGUACAAUCAACUGUUGGCCAAUUAAUCGGUGUGUUCGAUAGCAAUAUUCAUGGGGUAGUUUAUGACAAGGAAAACAAUAUACGAUUACAGUAUAAUCAUAAUGAAGGUGUCUAUUUCAAGCAACUUUUGGAUAGAUACACAAGGAUAUGGAAAUGGUCUGGAGAAAAACAUGUGCAUGCACCACCUUUUCAACCAAUGUCAAUAAAAUUAAAUGAUAUUAUAACAUUGAAAAUUUAUCGAUUUAAUAAAAUCCAUCUACACUUCCAAACAAUGAAAAUUAAUUGCAAAUUAGAUCUCACAAGUAAACAAUUGAAAUUACAAUGGAUAAACACAGAACAGUAUAAGGAACCAAAAUAA